CCCGCCAGCCCGCCCGCCGCCCGCCUGCGGCAUCGUGUGCUGCCCGCACAUGUCCUCGCCACCCUGCGGCCUCCGUUCCUGUCCGCUGCGUCCCCGGCUUGGCCCUCCCAGCCCCGGCACGCUCCCUCCCCCUAUCUGCAUGCGCCUGAUCCAACAAUGAAGUCGCCCUCUGUGCGAUGACUUCUCGACCUGGCCCGGGGAUUCACGAAUCUCUUCAGACUCGUGGUAGCGGCCUGCCCCCUCGGUCCCAGGCGCCGCCGCGCCGCCCUGGCAAGCCCGUCCAGAGCCUCGUUCAGCCCGACUGCAUCGAUCCCGCCCUGGAAGACGACCGCCCAUCAGCCCUCCAGCAUGCCGCCAGCGAGCCUGCCCGUCCUGCGCCGCGAGGACGCCCGCCCAUCUUCUACACGGCCAUGGCCAACUACGCCUCGGACCUGGCCCUGCACGCCUUCCCCUACCAGCCCAUCGCCAACCUGCCCCUGCCCCCCAGGCCCGGCUCCGUCCAUCUAAGAGAGGCGUCUCAGCAACGUCGCAUAUGGCCCGGAGGCUCGGGCGUCAAGGACGCUCCAAAGCCCGGAGGACCUGACGUUGUCGCUCCACCCGUCCAUUUUCCCGGUGGUAAGGCUGCCGAUGUAUUCCCGUGGACUGGCAGCAAUGCCGAGGACAACCUGUCCGAGGCGCUUGUCAAGGCAGGCGUCAGCAAUAAGCCGCAGAUCAUGAACGAAUCCAACACCGCCCGGCCCUCGCUGAUAAACAACCUCAAGAACAAGUCGGGCCUCAGCACCCUGUCGACCCUGUUCGUCGCCGUCCUGGAGAAGAGACAGCAGACGGGCCGCCUGCAGACGCCCAACACGUUCAAGCCGCCCCCGCGCCUGACGCUCAGAGACUCGACUCGCGAGCAGUGGCUGCAUGAUCUGGCAAACCCGGGCACAGGCCUCCGUCGCCUGAGCCGCACCAUACCCCACGGCCUCACUGGCAAGGUACUGCUGGAACAGUGUCUCAACAAGAACAUUCCGCUUCCGCGAGCGCUAUGGCUGGCCAAGUGCGUGGGCAUCAACGAGCUGCGCGCUCACAAGAGAAAGGGCCAGGCUGGUACUGUGACGUGGGGCAGAGGCUGGACCAGCUCGGUCGAGCAGUUUGUGGACGGCGUUAUUGGCGGCAUAGGGCAAGGCGACUGGAAACCCCGCAUCACAUAUGCCCUUCAGCUGGCUACACAUCUCUACAAAGAACACCUUUUGGACGACGACCACUUCCUCGACUGGAUCGUCAAUGGCUUGGAUACAUGCGCCUCGGAGCGCCUGUUCAUCUGGCUAUUGGUGGUUUCCAUUUCCCAUUACUGGAUAGACGUCACCUGCUGCCGCCGCCGCGGCAAGCGUCUUGCCGAAUCAUUGCUUAACCAGCUUGAUAGAAUUUACCGACUAGAGGAUGUGGGUCCUUAUAUGGCCGUCUUGCAGUACCUGGAAAACACCAUUGUCAGGCUCCUCGCAGCACGGCCAGCCUGCCUACUACUCCCCACAGCCUGGCCACAGUACAGCCCUCUUCUGCACAAACUCGCAGAGAGGCGGAACCAUAUACACAUCACCCAAGCCAUUCGGAGGCUCGAGCAACGAAACUGCAGACUCCUCCAGUCCCCUCAGAAAUCAUCGUCUGCUGCUGCACAAACACCCGCCGGUCGAGUCUACCGGGUACUCGAUUCUGUCGAUUACACCAAGCCCGUCCGCAUCGAAGACUUGUCGUUUGACUGCAUGGAGAUUAUUGCUGACGCGCCCCGUUUGAUUGCUGUCCUCCUCCGCUGGACCUGCACAUACCACCGAGAAGGCGCGCAUAGAGUAUAUCUGGCAACUCGACUACUCCGCAGAUGGAAUCAUCUUGGCGCAGACGUGUACGACGGCAUCGUCUCGUAUCUUCGCGAAAUGACCUGGGUUGCGACGGGCGAGCCAAGCAUUCUCUUCAAGGUUGUCGCGGAAUUAGUUCGGUCCAAAACGUUUGCAACCGGCCGCUACCUUCAAUGGCUGAUUGCUACUGGGUCUGUGGGGCAAUGUGCAGACUUGUCUCUGCCAACAUCCUGGCCACUGCGUCUGGUCACCGAAAUACCCUUGACUGGCCUACCCGAUCAAAUCUGUACUCUACGGAGCACCCUUCUCCGUGGGACAGUGCACUCUGCCGAGUCCGAGCAAAGAGCCCUUGCCUAUGCCAAACACGUCAUAUCCCAAGCCCUGCCUGCCCUGUUUGGGCUCUACAGUUCCGCCACAAAACAUGAUGAGAUGCAGCUAGACAAGCUUAGCCCAACCAUCAAGUUUGAGCUGGGCAUCUGGCUACGUCGACAAGUUGCCCAGUAUGCAGAAGUUAACCAGCACGUGCCCACCAAAGACUCAUCCAUUGAAGAGACGGCUGCCGUGUCCUUGUUAACGCCAUUGGAUUUCCAUGUUGUAAGAUCAUAUAUUGAGCGUUUUGGUGAUCUUGCCAUACUUGCGGACAUUGUUGGCAUAGCGACGUCGUCUCUCGACUCGAGCGUUCUCGCUUCCAGCGCGGACACGAUUAACUAUCACGCCAAAGCUUUCCGUGCAAUAGGUGCCUUCGACCCUCUGUUUGCCCGAGUUGCCGCGAGACAUGCCGCCUUGCGAACGAUCCGAUUUCCCGACCGCGAAUUACUGCUCAGCCUCGCCAGUCUAGCCCGAACCGCGCACACUGACGGUCAGCUCACACAGCUUCUCAACUACGACUUGAGCCAACUGAGUCAGCGUAACUCCCUUGUUGCCUGUUCGCCCGCCUCUGAUAAUAUGGGUGAAGUUAUGCAGACGGGAUCUUCUUCUGAUGACGAGAUCGAGCGUAUCCUCUCGAGUGGUACCAGUAUGGACCAGCAAAUGAUGGCCCGAGUCCUCCGAAAGAUCGUAAGCAACUUAGAAGAGCACUCAGCCAAAGGUCCCGAGCAGCUGAACAACCAUCGCGGUUGGUUCUAUCGCCUUCGCUGUUUCGACGAGCCCACGUUUGACAUGGUCGUGAAUGAAUGGGUGAUUUCAAGCUUGAUGGCCCAAAGGACCGAUGUCUUGCGGGUAGCUCUGCCCACCCUUGCCGGCUCUGGCUGCCUUGCUCUGGCUUCGUUCUUGGAGACUCUGCGGAUUUGCAUUGCCAAGCUCAAGAGCAGCCCAUCUGAAGGUGGCUUUCAGAGCACCUUGAAGGGCAUGUAUCUGGUCCUGCCGUCCGACGCGCUGGCUCAGUCGUGUUCGCCCCAAGAUGCAUAUCGAUAUCGCCUUGAGCAGCGAAGGCUAUGCCUAGAAACUGACGGGCGUUUCAUGCAAUGCAUGGGUGAGCUGAUUGGACUUGGUUCAAUGAUGUCCUCGCAGAAGAUUCAAACGCAGCUUGCAAGCUUGCUGCGCAGUAGGCCAGUGCUGUCCAUCCUGAAUACUCACAUCGCUACCGAUCCAGGAUGUUUGAGUAGGCUAAGCAAAGACGCGUCUAACGAUUGCUUGAAUGAGGCGUUAGGUACCCUUCUUGAUCCGAACAACCAUUUACGCUUAUCAGAGAAAACCCCCGAGCAGCAGGUAGUCGCCAUCUUUGCCAUCGCGAGCGAGCUGUCGUUGCCCAUCUGCCAAGCAGCCAUUGAACGAAUCUUCUCUUCUCGGGCAACCGCAUCUGACGGCUCCAGUGAGUCCCUAUCUGCUACGCUCCUGAGCGCUAUCAGAACAGCAGUGGAGAAAGAUCAGCCGUCUGGACUAGAGCUUCUGGCGAGCUUGGACGCUUCACUGACGGAUCAAAUACGGCACAAUGCGGAACGCGAGAUCAUCAACGCCUCGGCCUUUCUGGCCACAUCGUCGGCGGCCAAGACAGAAGAGUCGGAGAUAGUUUCGCCCAGGACCGUCCAGAAGUUCCUCGCCGUCAUCGACCUGACGUCCGGCAGCAGCACUGAUACUACGGAGCAAUCUACUAUGCUGCAGGCUUUGAUUGAGAGGCUCAAAGGCAUGGCUCAGGCCCUCGAUGAAAACAGGCUCUCGGUAUUGGACAUGUAUGCCUGGCUGAAUGCACUACUCCGCUUGGCCGUGUCUCACGCUUCCCCCAUACUGAGCGAUGCCACGCAUCCCCACCAGGCAGCCAUGAUGAGUGCCAUGGCCGCCUUGCUCACCCACCCAUCCCUGGAACUGUACCCUACCAUCACCGAACACGUAUUCGACGUCACAGUGUUCCUUUCAGACUACAUUUCCGACGAUGUCCGAUUCCAUGUUAUUCGCCUCGAUGGCGCUCGGCUCGCAAACGAUUCACGCUGCGUUUUCAUUCUUGGGGUUACAGCGCCUGUCGACGGUUGGCUGGUGCUAGCCAGGCCAGUCAACACACCUCCAAAUCAACCCUCGUCGCAGCCAGCGACACCCGCCCCACUGUCAGGACAACCGCCGUACCAGAGUUCACAAGCGUCGGCCACAGGUUCUGCAACACCUCAACAACGCUAUGCCAGCCAACAACAACAACAGCAGCAGCAGCAGCAGAGACAUCAGCAGAUGCAGGCCGCUCAGCAAGCGCAACAAAUGCGCAACAUGCAGCAAUACUCGCAACACCCUCAAAACAAGAUGUUGCCUGCACAACUCCAGCGUACACCCUCGGGCCAGGCCACGCCUACUCCUCUUACGCCAAUGCAGCAGAUGCAACAGAUGCAGCAGCGCGCUAUGCAGCCAUCGCCUGUCUACUCGCAACGCCCGGCCCCUGUAGCGGGUCAGGGCCAAGGUCAGGCGGGUGCGCAAGUGCCGGGUAAGUUGCACUUGAAGCAAGAUAAGGAGAUUCGGCACUAUCCGUUUGUCCAACCCAGAUGGGAAAUUCUUGCGGAGAGUUCAGGGAACCCAACUGGCAAUGAGACUGCAAUCAACUUGAGUCUCUUCGGAGCCCGUAGAGUAUAAUUGCUAACUCUACCUUUAACCAACCUCAUUUAUCUCUUACAGAGCGGAGGUUGUGGGGGGGCCACCUUCGCUUCAUGUAUGUUCUUUUCUUACUCUCGUUUUCUGGUUUGUCACCAACAGAAUCCUUUUUUUUCGGGGUUCUCUACUGAGCAUGAAGCACGGCGUUAUCCCGGUUUAACUGCUAUGAUCUGAUUACGACAUCGCAUUACACCGGAGUUUGUUUUUUUGGUUGAUGUUGUUGUUGUUGUUUCUUGACAUGGCGGGAAAGAGUGGAAGGGGAGUCGGAGAGGGCAAGGUGAAAUUAACGGAAAGGGUGUUAUCCCAGUGUUGAUUUUGGCAUAUAGCCUUUGUUUGUGU